CUCACUCUUUUGGAAAAGUGUUGGGCCUAAUUUUAAGCUAAAAUGAAAAAGUGAAAGUAACACUUUUACAGACGGAGAGUAUGAAAAACAACCUGAAACAACCUGAAACAGUAGAAAAAUAUAACUUACUGUAAAUAUCACUCACUCUCCCCUAGCUAGUGCCUGUAAUAAAUAUAUAUGCUGCUUUCUGCUCACACACACACCAAUCACAAACCUAACCCCCCAUCUUUCUCUUCCCUUUACUAUUUCAUUUGUCCUCCUCCUCCAACUUACUUGUGUUCUUCUUCUACUUUAAUGGCUACAGGAUCAGAUGAAUCUAGUAGUACUAGUACUGCUGCUGCUGCAUCUAGUCUCAGUAUCACUGUUGAAAAACCUUCUAGUUCGCAAUUAACCGAGCUGAAUAUCAAGUCAUGGCCAAAAUGGGGUUGUCCACCGGGGAAAUUUCCAUUAAAAUUCGAUGCAGAAGAAAUAUGUUAUCUACUAAAAGGAAAAGUGAAAGCAUACACCAAAGGAUCUUCGGAAUGUGUAGAGUUUGGUGCAGGUGAUCUUGUUACCAUCCCUAAAGGCCUUUCUUGUACCUGGGAUGUUUCCGUGGCUGUCGACAAACACUACAAAUUCGCUUCUCCGUGAUCAUCAUCAUCACCACGAUACUAAUUAUUCAGUUCUUUUUCUUCAUUUUUUUUUCCCCAUUUUCUUAGCAAAACUUGGUUUGAUUUUUAGCUUAGAAUGUUGUUAAAUGUGAUGAUGGAAUCUAGUCAAAGAAAGAGGGAAAAAAAUAUUACGAGUCAAUGCAUGUCGCGUUCAAAGUAGUAGUAGUAUAUAUUUACUUUGUGUGAAAUGAAAUGAAUGAGCUUUUAAUGUUUCCUUUGA